GCUAGGCCACGCCCCUCGCGCUGCUCGCGCUCCUGCGGCCUCGGGCGAGAGCUGUCAAAGGGGCAGCGGGUGGCGGGUGCGCGCGAGUCCGGCUGUGUGUUAUGGAGGCGACGGCGCGCCAGGUGAAUGAGUUCUCCGGGCGGAAGAGGCAAAAAGAAGAAAGGCUCUGCCUGCGCCAGCUCCACACCCGAAGGCGACGCCCCCGAUCAGGUGUCGCUGCAUAAGCGGAACCUGUAUUAUUUCUCCUACCCACUGCUGGCGGUGUUUGCGCUCUUCCGAUUCCUCGCCUUGCACUUGGGCGUCUUGUUCGCCUGGCUGUGUGAGCGGCUGUCCGGAGCCAUGGCGGCCAAAAGCAAGCUGCCGGCGACGGCCGACCUGGGCAAAGACUGCGAGGACAACGGCGAGCGGGUGCGCAACCACCAUAAGCAGGCCUUUGAGUACAUCUCCAUAGCCCUCAGGAUCGACGAGGAUGACAAAGGCCAUAAAGAGCAAGCUGUGCAGUGGUACAAGAAAGGAAUUGCGGAGCUUGAGAAGGGGAUUGCUUUACCAAUUACCGGAGAAGGAGAGCAUUAUGAGCGUGCAAAACGACUACAAGCCAAGAUGACCACCAACUUAAUAAUGGCCAAGGAUCGUCUAAAACUCUUAGAAAAGCUGCGAACGUGUUCAAACGUUUCUACACCUCUGAGAGACAUCUAUAAGGAAAGUACAAACAAGUCUUGCCAUAACGGACACCUCCUGCCAGAGAGUGGAGCAGUUCCCAAAAAGAAGGAUCCCUUAACUCAUUCAAGUCACUCCCUGCCCCGAUCAAAGCAUGUACCAAAAAGCACUUCAACAGGCCUCCCUGGACACCAGCGAUCUCCCAGCUACAGUGGGCCUUCCUCCGCCAGUACAGGCAGGCCAGCUGCACAGGCCUCCACUAGCACUAAGGGUCCAGCGAAAACCACUAACAGACCAAACAACAAACCUCCAACACCUACAGCGACUCCUCGCAAAAAGAAGGACUUGAAGAACUUCAAGAACGUGGACAGCAAGCUUGCAAACCUCAUUCUGAACGAAAUCGUGGACAGUGGCACGCCUGUGCGGUUCAACGACGUCGCUGGGCAGGAUCUUGCCAAGCAGGCUCUCCAGGAAAUCGUCAUCCUUCCCGCUCUCCGACCAGAACUGUUCACCGGCCUCAGAGCCCCAGCUCGUGGUUUGCUGCUUUUUGGACCCCCAGGCAACGGCAAAACCAUGCUGGCCAAAGCUGUAGCCAUGGAAUCCAAUGCAACGUUUUUUAACAUAAGUGCUGCAAGCUUGACUUCAAAAUAUGUGGGAGAAGGAGAGAAACUUGUGAGGGCACUUUUUGCUGUUGCUAGAGAGCUCCAGCCCUCUAUUAUUUUCAUUGAUGAAAUUGACAGCCUUCUAUGUGAAAGAAGAGAAGGUGAACAUGAUGCCAGUCGACGAUUAAAAACGGAAUUUUUGAUAGAAUUUGAUGGGGUUCAGUCUGGUGGUGAUGACAGGGUCCUGGUAAUGGGAGCUACGAACAGACCUCAGGAGCUGGAUGAAGCCGUGCUCAGGAGAUUUUCCAAAAGGAUAUAUGUGGCUUUACCAACUGAAGAGACACGAUUAAAGCUGCUAAAAAACCUUUUGGGAAAACAUGGAAACCCAUUAAGCCAAAAAGAACUGGUGCAACUGGCCAAAAUGACAGGUGGAUAUUCUGGGAGUGACCUGACAGCGUUAGCUAAAGAUGCUGCUCUAGGGCCCAUCAGAGAGUUAAGACCAGAACAAGUGAAAAACAUGUCUGCUAAUGAGAUGCGCAACAUUACCUUUGCGGAUUUUGUGGAAUCCCUGAAGAAAAUUAAGCGCAGCGUCAGUCCACAGACACUGGACUUGUAUGUCCGUUGGAAUAAGGAAUAUGGAGACACAACAGCUGUGUGAGACAGCGCCCCCUUGUGUUCUUGAGGGGUACAACAAACUGAAAUGCCUAUAGGGAAAAGAACGCCUUCCUCAUUUUGCUCGAGGUGUGGGAAGCGGAUCCAGCGCGAACAAGUGGUACAUUAAGAGGGAUUUUCUUGCAGAAAAACAGCUGUGCAUUGAAAUUUCAAACCUUUUUUUGAACAGGUGCACUUGAGUCAGUAAUGUACAUAUAAAUCUGCCCUUUUUCUUUGAUGGUGAAAUAGGGUGGAGUUUUAUCAAAUUUCAUUGUGUGAUAGCAUGUGCUUUUACACAGGAUCCAAUGAAUGGCUUUGGUCCAGAAGGCUCAUAUUUUAUAAAAUGCAAAACAUGAGUCACACCUGCAGCAGAAAUUGUACAUAGUUCAGCUGAAAAAUUCCUCCUUUUAAAAUAGAACAUAGAAACUGCAUGACCGUAGAAAGACCUGUGCCUUAAUUUGGAAAAAAAUAGUUUAAUGUUUUGAUUGUCCUUAAUCCUAUUUCCUUUAUUAAUCAUUAGAAAUUUUAAAGGGAAAUUCUGCCUUAUCUCUGAGACACAUUAGUAUACUGUGCCAAGCAAAGCUUUUGGUAUUGUUUCUGGGGCAGACAGAUACCGAGCCUGUCAAUAUUAAACCUAACACAUUUUUAAAAUAUUAAAUCAGGGCUUUUGUACGUUUUAACAAUUGAUGCAAAUUAUGGCCUCUCUAUCUGCAACAGGGUUUUUUUUGUUGUUGCAGUUUGUAUACUUCAGCCUUUUGUGUGAUUUGUAUACUUUUACUCUUAUAUGUAAAGAGGAGCUGCAUUGAAUUGUCUGAAUAUGGUGUGUGGGCAGGGUUUUGAGAGAUCCUUGUCUCCUACAGUCACUGGUGAGUUUCAGUCUGUGUGAGAAGUGUAGGAUUGGUACUGCAGCAUUAAAGCUGGUUUGCAUUGUAACUAUAGGCUGUUAUGUUUAAGCUAUGGCAGCUGGUUAAUGGAUUUACCUGUAGGCCUCAGGUCCACACACACCAGUUAUAUUGGCCAUCAGAAGACAGUCCUGAUGAGCCCCUGUGUAAAAAAAAAUGAGCUGAUCAGCCAGUCAGGCACAUCUGAAUUGUAACUGCUGAGCUGUGGUUUUCUGAUUAUUGUCAUUCUGCAUUCUCAGCUGUUGACCAUUGCCAGUCACUCACCAUACAGCUCAGAUCCUUCAGGACACUGGAGACCAGUGUUUUUUGGUAGAAUAUUUGUAAUGCUGCUUUGCUAGUUCCCAGAGAUGGUCUGUUAACAUUUAGAGAUAAUGAAAUGAAUAGAUGCUGGGGGUGGUAGGUUGUGUAUGUGUAAAUGUUAGAAACAUGGAGCGUUUUUAUAGUUCAUUAAAAAUGGCUUUUUUUGUUUCGUAAUAUUAAGCAGCUGGUCUGUAUUAACAAAUGCAUUUGUUUUUUUUUCAGUUUUUGUACAAACACCUGUUUCGAAAUAACAAAUAAAAAGGAUUUCAAGGGCUGGAGGAGUUUCUCCCAGUGGCUGUCUUCAUUUUCAGAUAUCUUGAGCUGUGGUGCAGGCUUGCUUAUCUAAGAAUGUCCUGGAGCUGUGCGGAAAUUGGACUUUGUAAGGAACUAAACUAAACUGUGUGCAGCAACAACAAAGGUUUUUUUUUUGUUCGGAAUCCUACAGGCAAUAAUUAAAUCUCAGAGCCAUACAUGUUAACGAGUACAAAACUGACUAUUGUAAAUAUUAGUUUUGUCUUUAGUUGUUUUGGGUUUAGAUGGCUAUACCACUAAUAAUUUGGUCUCUCCUAUAGCAGGUUGAGUUCAAAUGGCAAAGCCACUAAUGUGUACCUUGUUUCAUUCAAUAUCUGUGCACAGUUUCUACCUACUUAUUGUUUACUUAUAGGGAUGAAUUCUUCUAGUGAAAAAAGUGUUCCCAAAACUUUGUACAUUGAAACUUGAAGCUUUGGAUGACCUUUCUGUGUUAUUCUAAUAAAUUUGUUUAUGCUGGAAUUUA